AUGUCCACCGCGACCCAGCCGGCAAAAGUACACAAGCGGGCUUAUCAGGUAUGUCGAUUCAUUUGCUCCCCAAGCACAUGUCUCCAGAAUCAGAUUGGGAUCCCCCGGAUUGUCAUUGUUGGAACUAGCCCCUGUGGUCGCUGUCGACGAGAACGCAAAUUCUGCCACUUCUCCGCUACUCGCGGGAAGAAGAAAACCUCGGCUACUCCCACCGGUUCCUCCGCGCCCGCAGAUUCCGCCCAGCAGAUCGGAAGGAUAGUCACCAUUGAUGGCACUCUCGCCGCUCUUCCCGGCGUCAACGCCCUACCGCUCCCAACCCGUGGCCACAGUGAUAGCGUCGGUUCUGCUGGUAUUCUCCCCCCCGCCGCCAGGAUCGCCGUUCCGCUCAGUCACGUGAUACAUACUGAUCGUCUGUUCUCCGUGUUAUCAGGUGGAGACAAAACGGCCGCAACUCUUCUUCGCGAUGCUGCAUACACGUCCCACGAUGCCUUGAGUCUCUUGUGGGAGGCUGGCCGUCAUAGCGAAAGGGUUGCCGGCAUCCAACACGAUUCCCGCCCCUCGAGGCCGAGGCCCUCCACCGACGACAUUAACCGCCCGUCCGCCCCGCCAAGUAACCAGGGAAGCGCAACGAGUACCGCCCUGCAGCCUUGGUCUAACCUCCGCUUUGUGCGCACUGGCCUCUUCACUGCAGAGGAGGCUUUAGACCUCGUCAACUACUUCCACAAGUAUCUAGCCCCUUUCACCCCCAUUUCGUCUACCGCUUAUCAAGAUGCCUCGAUGCACGCAAAAUUGUUGGAGGAAGAACCCAUUCUUGCUGUGACCAUUCUUGUGCUCGCGUCUCGAUACAUGGAAUUCUCCGGCGCGGGCGCGGUGUCGCGCUCCUUCAUGGUGCAUGAGCGGUUGUGGCAGCAUCUACAAGGCAUGAUCUCUCGCAUGAUAUUUGGCCAGGAGCAAUUUACUGGCGCAACGCAUGACAACGGAUCUGCCAUAGAAAUCAUCAAUGGACAAAGUCCCGAGUCUGCCCUUGCUGGCUCUAGCUUUGGCAGCCUUCGAACCUUGGGAACUUGCGAAGCGUUGCUUCUUCUAUCAGAGUGGCAUCCACGCUCACUUCACGUCCCCGCUGGAGAUGACGGGGAUAGUAUCAUCGUGAAGGAUGAAGUCCGUCGGACAAGAGCGAGCACAGCAGGUAUUGGGGGCCGGAUUCGGAUUGAUUGGCUUGAACCUGUUUGGAGAUCCGAUCGGAUGUGCUGGUCAAUGCUUGGAAAUGCACUAGCACUGGCUGUGGAGCUUGGCAUUUUUGACGAAUAUGAUAAUACGACGAUUGGCGCUCGAGAAUCUCGACGUGAUAUUUGGAAUAACCCCCAGUCAAGCCAACGCGCGUAUCUUGUGCAACAUUUACUUUGGGUCUAUCUAACCCAGACGUCUGGACGGCUAGGAUGGAAAAACUUAACCAACGUUUCUGUUACGGACCAUGAUGCAAGCGUGAAGCAUGGGGAUACCAUCCGUUGUUGGGUGGGUGUCGCUUCGUUGAUGAAGCGAGGAAACGAACUCCUAUUUCCUUCCCGAGAUAGAACACGUGAUAUUAUAAAAAGCGGCGAGUAUCUUUCUGUUUUACGCAUGCUCAAGCCUCUUCUGCACGAUUGGCAGCGCGAGUUUGACCGUGCUAAGCUAUCCAAAGCAAUGAGAUCAAUACUUGCUAUAGAAUUUGGAUACGUUCGGGUUUAUAUAAACAGUGUGGCUUUACAAGCGGUUGUGGAACACUAUAAUCGUUCCGCGAAAGAGGGUGGUUCAAUGCCACUCUCUGCACUACUCAACCCUUACGAAGGCAACAAAGAAUACUUCAUGGAAGUAGUAAAUGCUGCAAGGGCAAUGCUUCAGCUCGUGGUCGAGGAGCUGUUACCAGAGGAUCGCCUUAAACAUGUCCCGGUUAGAACGUAUUCGAGGAUCCUUGCUGGAGCAAUGUUUUGUCUCAAAGCUUAUGCCCUCGGGGCGAAGGAUAGCGAAACUGCGAUUUCCCUUACCCUUGUCGAGCGAACAGCAGACGCGCUUUGUACCUGUGUAGUGGACGAUGUCCAUCUAAGUAACCGGUUUGGGGAGUUACUUCACGCCCUGGCCUCGAGUCUUCGUAGCCGAGUUGUUACAAUUCCCACAAGCGAGCCUUCAAUUAGCGGCCACAUCACCCCCAACAACGGCCAAGUGCCGCGUCCACAAUUUGAACUCCACGAAAGCAUGGCUCCGGAGGUCAAGCCGAUGAUAUCAGAAUCCUUCGAGCGAUCAAUGCCCCAGCAAAUGCACCUUCCACAUCCACUUACCAGUGGCGAAUAUGACCCUCGUUUUUCGACGAGCCUCACAAGCACGGCUCCGGACGCGCAAGUAUACAUGCCCAUGAAUGUAAUGCCAGACCAACAAGGGUUCCAACACGACCCUUUGAUCUCUUUUGCUGGGCUCGGCCCCAACCAACUGGGGUGGUCUGGUGGACAGGACUUCUUUGACAUGCUUGGCCCUUUGCUCGAUGUGCAAUAUGAGCAAUACCGGUAA